AUGUCUCUAUUAGAACAGUUGGCCAAGAAAAGGGCUGCAAAAAAUCUGGCUAGCUCUAAUAACAACUCAAGCAUAAGUGCCAAUAAUGCUGAUGGUGAGGACACUAAUAAUAAAUUGAUAUCACGUCUUAGCCAGUUACGAAAGAAUUAUAAAGCCUCGUCGAAUGAGCAAUCAUCCAACUCCACCCUGCAGCCAUCUCAUUCAUCUGCUCCAACUUUGCUACAAAGAAUGAAGGCUAGGCAGAACACUCGCGAGGCCUCACCAGAUCCUUAUGUACCAUCAUCAUUACCAACAACUUCAUCACCAUCAUCCGCAUCUUCCUCUACUUCUUCAUUAAGCUUGAAGCUUUCAGUAUUAAGGAAAAAUGCACAACAUAAUCAACAUGCAUCUUCUUCCAGCAAUGAAGGUAUCAUUAAGAAACCAAUCUCUAAUGAGAAUAAAAUAGCUAAAACUAAUAAAGAUAAAGUAAUGAAAGAGAAUAAAAGCCUUAAACAGCAAGAUUUAUGGAAUACUAUAAAUAAGAUUCAAAAGAACCUUCUCAUUAGCACUGCAAACAAUCAAACAGAAUUGAACCUAAGUCCUUCUGAGCAAUAUCAACACAUUACUAAGCUUUUAUUAAGUGAUGCGAAGCAAAAAGGUAAUAAUGGCAUCCACCUUGAAAAGGAAUACCAGAAAUUAUUUACAGUUUAUUAUCCAACUAAAGUAAUGGAAAAUCAUACCCAACCAAUACUAAAUUUCCAAAAUCCAAGUCCAGAUGAUAUUAUAAUCAAUGCCCAACUCAAAGCAUUUGGAGAAAUGGAGAAAAACGUUUCGAAUUUAAAAAUUAACGCAAAAGAAGAAGACGAACCACCAUCCGAAUUUUCUAAGAGCUUUUAUAAACCAACAUUACCUACAUCACCGCUUAAUAUUCAAACAUACAUUUCCGAAAAUUUGAACAUAAAGAAUCCAUUCUUGAAUGUGAUCUUAUUGGGGCAUUCUAAAUCAGGAAAAUCGACAAUACUUGGACGUUUAUUGAAAGAUUUGAAAUUAUUAUCAAUUGAGGAAAUAAGAUCUACGAAAUUUCAAUUAGAAAGGCAGCAGGAAAAGAAUCCAAACUCAUUAUACUUAGCUAAGAUUGGUGAAACAAAAUUAUCAAAGGACAAACAUUAUAGACAAAUUAAACAUGAAAAUGAUACAUUUAACAUCUUUGAUAUCCCUAUAUUCCGUCAAUCACGGAAGAACAAUAACUUCCAGAGCUUAAUAGCAACAAUUAAUCAAUGUUCGGUUGCUAUCUUAACGAUAGAUUGUAAUACCGAUCAAUUUGAAUCGAAUUUCAAUAUAGAUGGCGAAUUAAUUCAAUUGAUUUACUUAUUAAAGUUUUCCGCUCGAAAACUCAACAAAAUCGUAAUACUGUUGAAUAAGAUGGAUUCAAUUGAUUGGUAUCAUGAUCGGUUCAUUGAAAUUAAGACAGAAUUAUCGUUAUUUUUCAAAGAUUUAAACCUAUGUGAUGAUCCUGAUAAUGAGAUUGUAUGGAUCCCAACGAGUGGAUUAUAUGGCCAAGGGAUAGUUGAUCGUAAUGCAGGCCGACGAUCAAAGGAAUGGUGGUCCAAUGAACCCACUUUGUUUGGGAAAUUAAAACAAUGGACACUUCCUGAAACAAGUCGUACAAUUGAAAUCGAAACAAAGAAGAUAUUAAACUCGCCAUUCAUUUUUCAUAUUGAAAACGCUUCCAAGAUAAAUUCGAGAUCUGAAAAAUUAAAACAAGAUGAAUGUUUCGUUACAGGUCAUGUUCAUUCCGGAUCUAUUCAAAUUGGUGAAUCAAUGACCAUUUUCCCAUCUAAAAUAAGCGUUACGAUUGAAUCAAUAACAUGUCUUGAUACCUUAACGAGGCAGUCACAAGGAAAGUCAGGUAGAAAAUCAAAAAUUGCAGUUGCUGAUGAUUAUGUGAUAUUGAGAGUCUCCAAAUUAUUUGAUUUCCAAAACGAUGUCAACGUAGGUGAUUUUGCCACAUCAAUUGAAUUUAGUCUUGAAAAUCUUUGUCAAAUAAGUUCAACAUUUCAAGUAAGAUUGACAAUUUUCCCUAAUAUUGAAAAGGAACGACUAGCAAUUGGUUCGUCAUUUGUACUAAUUAGAGGAAAUGGUGGAGAAAACUCAACUUACAAAGUUAGAGUAUCUAAAAUACUAUCCUUAUCUUCGAACACCUACCAAAAUACGACAAUAGGUUUUGAUGUAGAAUUAGAAUCAGAGUCACCAAUUCCAAUGAUCAGUGUGAAAGAUAAUGGUAGUGAUUUCACAUGUUUCAACGAAUUUAUUUUAGAACAGAAUGAGAGAAUAUAUGGUUUGGGUUCAUUUAUAUUGCGUUAA